AUGAAACCGGCGGGCGGCCGCGGCGGCUGGGGCUGGGGUGGCGGCAAGGGAGGCGGCAAGGGAGGUGACACCGGCUCAGGAGCCAAAGGCGGCUUCGGGACACGCACGCGGGGCUCCAGCGGCGGCGGCCGGGGCCGGGGACGCGGCGGUGGAGGUGGCGGGGGCGGCGGUGGUGGUGGCGGCGGCGGUGACAGGCGGCGCGGCGGUCCGGCCAGGAACAAGAACCGCCGCAAGAAGGGCAUCACCGUGUCGGUGGAGCCGCACCGGCACGAGGGCGUGUUCAUCUACCGCGGCGCGGAAGACGCUCUGGUCACGCUGAACAUGGUGCCUGGAGUCUCGGUGUACGGCGAGAAGCGCGUCACCGUGAUGGAGAACGGGGAGAAGCAGGAGUACCGCACGUGGAACCCCUUCCGCUCCAAAUUGGCGGCGGCCAUCCUGGGCGGCGUGGACCAGAUCCACAUCAAGCCCAAGUCCAAAGUGCUGUACCUGGGCGCCGCCUCCGGAACCACGGUCUCUCACGUCUCCGACAUCAUCGGCCCCGACGGCCUGGUCUAUGCGGUUGAAUUCUCCCAUCGCGCCGGCCGCGAUCUGGUCAACGUGGCUAAGAAGCGCACCAACAUCAUCCCGGUACUGGAAGAUGCCCGGCACCCGCUCAAGUAUCGCAUGCUCAUCGGCAUGGUGGAUGUGAUCUUCGCCGAUGUGGCCCAGCCGGAUCAGUCGCGCAUCGUGGCGCUUAACGCCCACACCUUUCUGCGCAAUGGAGGCCACUUUCUCAUCUCCAUCAAGGCCAACUGCAUCGACUCCACAGCGUCUGCCGAGGCUGUGUUUGCUUCUGAGGUGAGGAAGCUGCAACAGGAGAACUUGAAGCCGCAGGAGCAGCUGACUCUGGAGCCCUACGAAAGGGACCACGCUGUCGUCGUCGGGGUCUAUCGGCCCCCACCCAAGAGCAGCAAGUAGCAGCAGCAGAAAACAGGGAAGGUGUCCC